AAUCUCUGCCAAGAGGGGUGCCUUUCUCUCCCUCCCCGAAAAAUGAUAAUUGAAUCCUCUCAGUCAAUUACAAACGAGUAUGACAAGUUCCCGGCACUGAGGCGAGAGAGUUUGUGGGCUUAGGAGCGACGCAACACUGCCAAUACUAUCAGUUGCUUCGCCACUUCGGGCUACGAUCAGCAGCGAGUGUAUUUCUGUCUUGUUCUGUUCAACUGUUUGUCUUGCGAUUUUGACAGUGUUGCGACUCAGUGUGCGUUCCGCGAUUCGUGAAAUUGACAGCAAAAACAGAGAGGAAGGAGAGUCACGAUGAAAAAGCUGCUUCUGCUAUUGGGAAUCGUGGCCCUAAUCGUGGGGCUCUGGCUGGGACUGAGGUCGAGCAGUGCCAAGCUCGAGUCGACGAGAAUGUUCUUCUUCUAUGGACCAACAUUUGCUGACCACAAAGUUUAUGAGCUCAAUGACACGGCGUCUGUGCUUAAGCAUCCCAGCUUCGACACAAAUCGGCCGACAGUUCUGUAUUUACACGGGUAUUUGGAGUCCAUGGAAGUGGAGAGUAUCCAGGUGAUCGCGGAUGCUUAUCUGGCGCGCGGUGAUCACAAUACUCUGAUCCUGGAUUGGGCGGAGUUGGCCGAUGGAAACUAUCUCAUUGACGCAUUUCCCAAUCUUAAACCGCUGGCGAGCGCCCUUGCCGGGCAUAUCUUGAAGAUGGCCAUGGACGGAAUGCGACUGGACAAAUUCCACGUGGUGGGUCACUCCAUGGGGGGCCAACUGGCCGGCUACAUCGGCCGUGAGGUGAUCAAGCAGUCGGAGAAGGGGGCGAAGCUGAAGCGGAUAACCGCCCUGGAUCCCGCCUUUCCCGGCUUCUACUUCCCACUCAAGUUCACGGGGGCGCUCAACAGCAAGGACGCCGACUUGGUGGAUGUGAUUCACACAGAUGCGUGGCUGUAUGGCGCUCCCUUCGCCACGGGACACGUGGACUUCUGGCCGAACAGGGGAAAGACCCUGCAGCCGGGCUGCCCGAAGCGCAACUACAAGAUGCUCACGGACAAUGACCUCUGCAGCCACCGGAGAUCCUGGCGGUUUUGGGCAGAGAGCGUGACGGAGAAGAACAGACCGAGCUUUCAUGCGGUGAAGUGUGCCUCGUGGGACAAGUUUAAGGCUGGAGAUUGCGACAAGAGCGAGCCGGCGGUCUACAUGGGCAUCGAUUGUCCUGCAGGGAUCUCAGGGAAUUACUACCUGCAGACGAACGGGGAGCCGCCAUACUCAAAGGGAUCCGCAGGAGCCUCCUAUGCCAUCGCACUAUCAAAUGGCUCUCUGGGUCUCAGUGCAGCAUCCACACACACGCUGCGCAAGAGAAGUGGACUUUUCCAGUCACGAGAUUCAGAGCCCGUGGCAGAAAAUGAGGAGGGAGAAGGAGUGUGGAUCCACAUGGAGCGUCAUCGCCCCCAACUUUCCACCAGAAGAGGCUUUUCUCGCGUGCUCCACAUGCCCGCGAGACUCUUCGUGCCCACACUUGGCGUCAUUCUAACUGCGAUCGUGGUGAAAAGUGGUUGUGGCUCUCCUGCAACUUCAGCUCACUCUGCUCUCACACUCUGGCCAGUGCGCAUUUCACAUGGGAUCUUCACAAACACAGCCGUCUUCGACUUGAAUCCCUUCAAGUGCAUCCUGAGCAGAACAAAUGUUUGUCCUCACGAGGAAAUUGAUUUCUUUAUGUUCACCAAUGCAGUCCGGCGUGGUAGGCCGAUCGAUGUUCGAUACCCCAAGACGAUCGCCCAGGCGGGCUUCCAGGCCAAGCACGAAUCCGUAAUCAUUAUACAUGGCUUUAAUGGCACGCAAAAUAGCAAGCACAUCAUGUACCUCAAAGACGCAUAUCUCUCGCGGAAGUUCAACGUGAUCACUGUGGAUUGGUUCAGACUGACGCAGUAUCCGUGCUAUGUGACUGCCUUGACAAAUACGCGAGUCGUCGCUCAGUGCACAGCUCAGGUCUAUGCUUUUCUGACCCAUUUGGGAGCCAGUCGGCAUCGCAUAACGUGCGUGGGUCACUCACUCGGUGCUCACAUUUGCGGCAUGAUGGGCAAUCAUCUGACAUCGCGACAAUACAAAAUAAUCGGCUUGGAUCCAGCGCGGCCACUGGUGGAGACUCACGCCGACAACACGUUUCGCUUGACACGCGACGAUGCCAAAGUCGUCCAAGUGAUCCACACAAAUGCUGGAAAACUUGGGCAGCUUUCCUCCUCGGGUACAGUAGAUUUCUGCGUCAACGGUGGACGACAGCAACCAUACUGCAAAGGGCAUCCGAUUCGUGAGUGUCACAAAUUAAAUUACAUUGCCAUCAAUCCACCAUUGAUUUGGGCUUUGCCGUCAGGGGGAAAUCACUUCUUGUCGGUGUGCUACUUGGCCAACAUUCUCUUCCACCACAAGAAAGUCAUUGGAGUUCCUUGUCCGCACGGGUGUGUCUACGUGAAGAGGAAUCGUCUUCCGAUCUACACCAAGAACAUCUUCAACAUCCGCAACUUGGUCCGGUACAUGCAGAUCGGACAAGACACACCAGAUCAAUCAAAUGCACAUUGCCGUAUCAUUACAAUUAAGUCUCUCUACCAUUUGCCAUUUGCUCCCCAUUGUGCUCUCUUUCUGCCCAUUUUCACAACAUUGGCUCUCAUGAGCAUUUUCCAUCAUGAUGCGCGAUUCCACGUGCUCUGUGUACAAAUGUGGCGAUGUGAUAUGAAUGAGGAAUUGCGCUAUGGAGAGUCAGGUGUGUCUGGGGAGGAAGUGACUCACGGUGCUCCUCACUCGAUCUCCAGCCGUUGCGGUGAGCGCACAGAUUGGCAGUGCUUCGGAAUCAUCGAUUUGUGGGCAACUGGUGAUGCAACGUGUGCCUGUAGACGAAGACGAAUGGAUAUCCUCCUCAAGCUCUACUUCUGCACUACGCUGCUACAAUGCGAGUUCCUCCAGGACACCAGUGCCCAGGGAAUCAUCGCCCAGGCGCUCUACCUCGGCGAUCCCAACAUGUACAACAACACAAUGGACAGCUGCAUCUGGAAGCGCGGGAACGACAGGGAUCAGUGCCCAGAUCCUGACAUCAACAUGAUACUCUACACAGGUGGUUUGGUCAGGAGAAAGACACUGCUAGACAUGGACCAGGCGGACUGGUUGCGCAACAGUGGCUUCAAUCCCAACUACGAGAGCAUUAUACUCAUUCACGGGUACGCAGGGGGAGACGACACGCUGCCCAUGGUGGUUCUCAGGGAUGCCUACAUCCGCCACGGCAACUACAAUGUCUUCGUGGCUGACUGGGGCCCACUGGCGCAGCCGCCCUGCUACGUGGCCGCCGUGCACAAUCUCCGGCCCGUGGCCAGGUGCUUCGCCAAGCUCUUCACCUUCCUCAGGGAUUCGGGGCUGCGAGUGGAGAAGACGACGUGCGUGGGACACUCUCUGGGCGCGCACGUGUGUGGCCUCAUGGCAAACUACCUGACCUUUAGGCUGGAGAAGAUUAUUGGGCUUGAUCCAGCGAGACCGCUGGUGAAGUUGGGAAAUGCCUUCCGUCUCGACAGUGGGGACGCAAAGGCUGUCCAGGUGCUACACACCAAUGCUGGACACUAUGGAGAGAGUGGGCGCAUUGGACACGUGGAUUUCUGCAUCAACAACGGCAAGAGACAGCCCUUCUGCUCCACAACUACCACCACAUUUGGUCCAUCUGCUACUUGGGCGCCACAAUAUUCGCCGAUGUCCACGGCGAGCCGUGCUCAAGACGCUGCGGCGGACCAGUCGGAGGACUCGGAGUGUGGAGAGAGAGUGGAGGAGUUUUUGCAGAGUAAACUUCCGCUUUUCAUUAGUAUUACAUGCGAUUUUGCAGGCAAUAGCGAAAUUAUUGUUUCAGUGUCUAUGACAGUGUCAAGAACGGAAGUGAUAAUGUUGGCGCAUGUGUUCAAAAGAUGGAUUCAAAUUGCUCUAUUUUUAUUUCUAGCUGUGAUCGUGUCGUCCAUUCCAAUCGCCGUGGAGCAGAGAAGCACUCUAAGGUGGGGCCCGUGCAUCUGGGUGGUGGACAGAAAAUGCCCUGACAGUGAUAUUAAGAUCUUCCUGUUCACCUCGAGGAAUCCUAGCGAGCGGCAAUUCAUUUACGUAGACUCAACGUGGGAGAAAUCAAAUAUUUCCACGUCUUUCUUCAAUCCUCUGCAUCCAACUAAAAUCAUCAUUCAUGGAUACAACUCGGAUAUGUACUUAAAUAGCCUCAUCGAAAUGCGAGAUGAGUAUCUUCAGAGAGGCGACUUUAAUCUCUUCUUCAUCGACUGGAGCAUUCUGGGACAGAGUCCUUGCUACCUCAUGGCCGUUCACAAUGCUGAUCACGUUGGAAAAUGCAUCGCUCAGCUCAUCCAUAGAAUACUAGAAACUGAAACCACAGACAUUCAUCUUAUUGGAUUCUCUCUCGGUGGCCAAGUGACUAAUUUCGUAGCCAAGCAUGCAAAACCCUUCCAAAUACCAAGGAUCACUGGACUAGAUCCCGCCUUGCCGCUCUACAUUGGCGUGAGCAAUGACGAGAAGCUGGAUCCUUCAGAUGCUCUCUUCGUUGACGUGCUGCACACGAAUGCUCUGGUUCAGGGGAAAAUUGAGAGAAGCGGCCACGCGGAUUUCUACUUCAAUGGGGGAAUCCUUCAGCCAGGAUGCUGGUCAAAUGGACAGAAUCCUAUUGUGUGCAGUCACCACAGAGCUCCUGACUACUACAUGGAGAGCAUCAGGAGCUUUCGUGGCUUCUGGGGAUGGCAGUGCGACAGCUACAUCAACUACCUCUUGGGUUUCUGCAAACCCACGGACGUUCUCCGCGAGGCUGGAGAGAAUUGCAAGAAUACGACAAGAGGACUGUUUCUGGUCAAUACAAAUCCCAGUUCUCCCUUCGCAAUGGGCAAGUGGACGGAUGUCCUGAAGAAUAGUGGCCUGAAAUCAAGUCUCCUGGAUGAAUAUCUGGCACCGAUUAAGAGGAAGAAUCCUCUUCAGGAAGAACUCAAUCAGUGGGGAAAAUUGGAUGGAAAUUUCAAUAAUAUCAUGAACUUCCCAACACCUUUGCCUCAAGAUCCUCUCAACGAUGACUGGGUCUACUUCAGUCAUCACGGAACCAAACAUAUCACAGAGCACUUGUUCGGAAAUCUGCUGGCAGAAUCUCUAAAAGGGGUGAAUGGAGAAGACAUCGUGGAUAAUGGACUUGAGCUGGAGAACUUCAUGAAUGGACAGAAACUCCAGGCAACGACAGAGAGUGCAAAAAAUGCUAAUAAUCAUGACCAUAUCACCGAUCCAAUUGUCUACAGAGACAAAGUCAUCAAGGAGUAUGUGAGGAACGUCACAGGAUAUGAUGAGAAUUUCCCAUUGCCACUGUACUGAAGUGAAAAUACACAGAAAAAUGGCUUAAUCUUAAAACAAAAAAUCCGUUUCAGCCAAUUACAGGCCAGUUGAUUUUUAAUCAACACUUUGAGUGUUAAUAAAGCAAUAAAAGUA